AUGCACAGAGCCUGGGUUCUCCUCAUUCUGAUAGAAGAGGGCUUUGCUCUGGCACAGAGAACUAAAGACACACGAAAUGAUGGUCAGUCCCCAUCCGGUGCAGAGCAGUGUGGCCUGUGGACCAAGAACAUAAAUGGUGGGCUCUUCACAUCCCCCAACUAUCCCAACACCUACCCCCCCAACAGGGAGUGUGUCUACAUCCUGGAAGCCCUCCCUCGUCAAAGAAUCCAGCUGGCUUUUGACAAAAACUACUACAUUGAGCCAUCCUUUGAAUGUCGUUUUGAUCACAUUGAGGUUAGGGAUGGUCCCUUUGGCUUUUCCCCACUCAUCGACCGCUUCUGUGGUCCUAAGAGCCCUGAGCUGGUCACCUCCACUGGCCGAUUCAUGUGGAUCAAAUUUUUCAGUGAUGAGGAACUAGAGGGCCUGGGCUUCCGCAUCAAAUAUACCUUCAUCGCAGACCCAGAUUUUCAUUUGCACGUGGGCGGACUCCUAAAUCCAAUUCCAGAUUGCCAGUUUGAGAUAGGUGGUUCUGAUGGUGUUAUCCGCUCCAGUCAGGUGGAAGAGGAGGACAAGAUUAAAACGGGUGAUGCCGUGGACUGCAUUUGGACCAUACGAGCUCCUCCACAGUCCAAGAUCUAUCUUCGGUUUCUGGAGUACCAGAUGGAGCAUUCAAAUGAGUGCAAGAAGAACUUUGUGGCUGUGUAUGACGGCAGCAGUGCCAUUGAAAACUUGAAGGCUAAAUUCUGCAGCACUGUGGCUAAUGAUGUGAUGCUGGACACCGGUGUGGGCGUGGUUCGCAUGUGGGCGGACGAAAACAGCCGUCUCAGCCGAUUCCGGAUGCUCUUUACCUCGUUUGUAGACCCGCCUUGCUCAGGCAACACUUUCUUCUGCCACAGUAACAUGUGCAUCAACAACUCUCUGGUGUGCAAUGGUGUGCAGAACUGUGUAUACCCCUGGGAUGAGAACCAUUGCAAGGAGAGGAAGGCUAAGGGUCUGUUCCAUCAGAUUACUAAAACACAUGGCACAGUUAUUGGCAUCUCUACAGGUGUGGUCCUAGUUUUGCUCAUCAUCUCCAUCCUGGUGCAAAUGAAGCAGCCACGUAAGAAAGUGGUGGCCCGUCGGCCGGCAGUUUUCAACAAGGCCGGCUUUCAAGAGGUCUUUGACCCACCCCAUUAUGAGCUUUUCUCCCUACGAGACAAGGAGCUCUCCUCGGACAUGGCCGAGCUGUCUGAGGAGCUGGAGAGCUACCACAAGCUGCGACGCUCCUCCACCAUCUCGCGUUGUGUCCACGAACACCACUGUGGGGCCCAGGCGUCUACUGGAGGCAGUAUGAAGCAGAGCCGCACCACCCUUAGCUCCAUGGAGCUGUCUUACCACAAUGACUUCUCUAAACCCCCACCCAUGAAAACCUUUAACAGCAGUGGCAGUGGUACCUAUAAGAAGAGUUGCUAUGGCUACAAACAGACUCAUGAUUGCGCGGAGCAAGUGAUUGAGGAUCGUGUCAUGGAGGAGAUCCCAUGUGAGAUCUACAUGAGGGGUGGAAGUGUGGGCGGGGCCACAGGCAGCAUUGGAAGUGGGUGUGGCAGCAUCAGUAUCCGUAACCAUGGUGGCGCUGCCCGUACCAACAGCGCUACCGUGGUGGAUCCAGGCCAGCGAUCUAUGUCCAUGGACUUUUGA